AUGAUGGAGGAAUUAAACAAACCAAUGGAUGCAUCUGCCAACUGGUUAUCUGAUUUGGAUAUGGAUGAUUACAGUUUAUUUCCAGAUGAGUGUGCCCUGAACUUGAACUUGUUUGAUGACCAAGAGUUUCUAUCACAAGACAUUGCUAGUGCCCUCGAAGAACAGACACAGACCCUUCACCAAUCUCUGUCUUCUGAGUGCCCUUCCAAAACUGUGAGCAACUCAUCCACAGAUGAAACCAGUUUUGACUUUGAGAGACCGGCCAAGUUGCUGAAAACGACAAGCAGUAGUUGCUGCAACUCUGACUCAUCCACCAUCACCAACAGCCUCUCACCAAAACUUUCCCCAUCCUCCUCCUUCUCCUCCUUUCAGUCUCAGAUUCUCUCUUUUGACAACCCAAACUCCUCCCCUCCCAACACCACCACCCAGUUUUACGGCUUUGACGGUACCUUAAACCCAACACAGAACGACAUGGUGUCUGUGUCAGUGCACCAAUUGGCAAGAUCACGGCUCCCAAAUCAAACCCCAAAAGUUUCCUCAAAAAAUCAAAACUUUGAAACAAAACCCUCUCAUGGUAAGAGAUCUCCUGCUCACGCUCAGGAUCACAUCAUGGCCGAGAGAAAGCGAAGGGAGAAGCUCAGCCAGAGCUUCAUUGCUCUAGCAGCUCUUGUUCCUGGACUAAAGAAGAUGGAUAAGGCAUCUGUGUUAGGGGACGCUAUCAAAUAUGUGAAAGAGCUUAAAGAGCGUUUGACAGUGCUGGAAGAGCAGGGCAAGAAAACAAGGGCAGGAUCGGUGGUGGUUCUGAACAAACCAGACCUCUCUGGCGAUGAUGAUUCUUCUUCAUGUGAUGAGAGCAUUGAUGCUGAUAGUGUGUGUGACUCACUGUUUGAAGCGGAAACAAGAGUGUCAGGGAAGGAGAUGCUGCUUCGGAUCCACUGCCAGAAGCAAAAGGGUCUUCUUGUCAAAUUACUUGCCGAGAUUCAAAGAAAUAACCUAUUCGUUAUCAAUAGCAGCAUCUUACCAUUCGGUGAUUCUAUCCUUGACAUCACCAUAGUUGCUCAGAUGGGAGAAAAUUACAAUAUGACCUCGAAGGAACUAGUCAAGAACCUACGCGUGGCGGCACAUAAGAUUAUGUCAUAA